CCAAAUAUCCGAGGACAUGGCACUCCGAUGAUGGAAUUUGUUAUCUGCUUUUGUAUGGUUAGAAAGAAGUCUAGAAGAAAACGGCUACAUCUAUUCGAUCCACGAUGCUGGCUGAUGAUACUCUUCGUGCUUUUACUGUGCGCAUGGCAGCUUUCCGACGCCCAAAGGACGUUAUGCGGUGAUACUGAGUGCUGGCACGGGAACUGCACGGGGGACGGACGUUGUUUAUGUUACCCUGGCUGGCAGGGUCCUGGGUGUCAACGGUGUGGUGGUCGAGUGAGAGUGACAGAGCCAAAUGGUGUAAUUACCAAUGGGAUAGGAAACUACAGCAAGGAUAUGAAGUGUACAUGGCUCAUUGAAAGCGGCAUCCAUAAUGCCACUAUUAGGUUUGAGUUUACACAUUUUGAGACUGAGUGUGGCUGGGACCAUCUGUAUGUGUAUGAUGGCGACUCCAUGUUUGCUCCCAUGGUGGCAGCAUACAGUGGCCUCCUCUUGUCAAAAGGAAGCUCUACAAAGCUUCCAGAAAUCGUCACGCAUUCUGGGAGUGCCUUUGUUCAUUUUUACAGUGACGCUGUAUAUAAUAUGAGUGGAUUUAACUUAACCUACAGCGUCAAUGGGUGCUCGCACAACUGUUCCUCCCAUGGUGAUUGUGUGGAUGGUGUGUGCCAGUGCUUGCAAGGCUGGACAGGAAGUGACUGUGGCACCCAAGUGUGUCCCCAAGAUUGUAACAAUGGUUCCUGUGACAAGGAGGAGAAGCGUUGCAUCUGUGACCCGUUUUUUAAAGGUGAAGACUGCAGCAUUGCUGAGGGUGCUCCACUGUAUGAAGCUCAGUCUGCUACUGGUUGGGUGCGUGGCCGGGCUAUGCACCAGGCGCUUGUCUUAGGUGAUGCCAUGUGGGUCCUUGGCGGUGAAAGCCUCACAGAACUGGACCAGCAGAUUGCCAAGUACGACUUCCUCUCGCGAAAGUGGCACACAGUGAAGCCAACCACUACCAGUGCACCAGCCAAUCGCUACGGCCAUUCAGUAGUAACAUACAGGGGUAAAUUAUAUUUGUUUGGUGGCACAUUGCGUGAUGGCCGCACAUCAAAUGACCUAUGGCGCUGGGAUCCUGAGGAACUGCGAUGGGCACAGCUUUCACCACAUCAGCCCGAGUGCCAGAAUGAACUUUGCCCACCACUGACAGCAUCAGGUCAUACUGCUGCCAUUGUGGACAACACAAUGGUGGUCAUCUUUGGACAUAACCCCGACUAUGGAUACCUCAACGUUGUGCAAGAGUAUACCUUUGGUACCAACAAAUGGGAGAUUGUGCAAGUGAAGGGAGCCAUUGUGAAAGGUGGCUAUGGCCACUCAAGUGUUUAUGAUCCUGGCAGACGCCAGAUCUUGGUGUUUGGAGGUUACCACUCACAGACGACCACAGGUGUCGUUGUGGAUUACCUCUACUCCUACCAGCCCCAUGACCGUACCUGGACACUCUUGGCCCCUAGUGCCUCUCAUCGCUACCUGCACAGUGCAGUACUACUGCAUCGAAUGAUGCUCGUAUUUGGUGGCAACACCCACAAUGACACAGCCUUUAGCACGGGUGACAAGUGCUUCUCCGCCGACCUUCUUGCCUAUGACAUAGAGUGUGACUCAUGGCAUACACUGUCUGUGCCUUCGUCAUCCUACCUCCAGCUAGAGCGUUUUGGACAUUCUGCGGUGGUCUACAACGAGUCAAUGUAUAUUUUCGGUGGUUUUAAUGGCCAGAUGCUGACAAGUAUUGUGAAGUAUACACCAGGGUCAUGUCGAAGCUUCUCUACCCCCGAAAAGUGCAUUACAUCAGCAACUGGCAUCAAGUGUGCUUGGAAUCCAGACAAAAAGGCCUGCCAGGCAUUUCAUCUCUUCAAUGCGACCAAGGGAAUCCACACAUGUCCCCGAAAGUCAGCGGCCAACCUGACUGUGCUUUGUGAAAAGCAGACUUCAUGUCCAAGCUGUCUGCAGAAUAACUAUGGCUGUGUGUGGUGUGGCACCAUAUGUGCUCAUAAGCGCUGCCCCAAAGGAUCUAAGGGCUUGGCCGAUGCAAGAGAGAACCAGACUGAUGUUGAACAAUGCCAGCAGUCGGAAAGCAGCAAUUGCGACAAGCUUCAUAACUGCCAUGCUUGCCACACAGAAUUUCACUGUGGCUGGCAGAAUGAUCAUCGUUGCUACACGUUUGUUCGUGACUCUGGUAACAAGACGGAGAAGGCAGUGCUGUCGGACAACUAUAGAGUCAAGUGUGACAACUCGUGCAGUUCACGUACAACAUGCAAGGCUUGCCUGUUGGGCAGUUGUAUGUGGUGCAUCAGCCAGCAGCGAUGCCUUGAGACAAAUGCAUAUGCUGCCACCUUUCCUCUGGCCCAGUGCACUGAGUGGACCACCACCAAAUGCUCAGCCUUGUCAUGUGAGGACUUCCAGACAUGUAGUGCCUGUCAGGAGCAUGAGCGGUGUGGCUGGUGUGACGAUGGCAGCAAUACAGGCAAGGGCCAGUGCCUGGAGGGUUCAGCCUCAGGACCCUUGUCCCCUAUGGGUUCGGUGUACCGACUCAAUAGCAGCCUCUGCCCGGCCCCAAAUUGGUACUUCACUGACUGCCCCAAAUGCCAGUGCAAUGGACACAGCACUUGCAAUGGCUCAUCUGAGUGCCUUCAGUCCUGUCAGCACCGCACGGAAGGACCACACUGUGAGCACUGCAUUGCUGGCUACCAUGGCAAUCCUGCCAAUGGUGGUAACUGCACUCCAUGUUUCUGCAACAACCAUGGUACUUUUUGCCAUCGAGAGACAGGCAAAUGCAACUGCACCACCAAGGGUAUCAUUGGUCCAAACUGUGAUAGAUGCGAUGAGCAAAAUCAUUACGUGGGCAGCCCCCAGGAGGAAGGUGGCACUUGUUUUUAUAAUCUCAGUAUUGAUUUUCAGUACACAUUCAACCUGUCCUCUGAGGACUACUAUCGCAACAUCAAUUUUAUGAAUGUGCCAAUAAAGGUCGGCAACGAUGUAGAAUUCACCAUCUCUUGCUCUGGAAAGGCUUAUGUCAACAUCUCCAUUGGAUCAGGAGGCCAGCCACCAUCACGUGCUGAUGGUGAUGCAGAGCCUGCCCUGUUGGAUAGCCGCAAGUGUGACAACAUCAAGCUACCAUUCUACGAUGAGAAGCACAACUUUGGCUCGCAAAACACCACUUUUUUUGUAUAUGUGUUCAACUUCACCACUCCAUUUGUGCUCCAAAUCUCUUUCUCUCAGCACCGGGCACUCGACCUGCUCCAGUUCUUCAUCACGUUUUCAAGCUGUUUUCUCUCGCUGCUAAUUAUAGCAGCCAUCCUGUGGAAGAUCAAGCAGAAGUACGACCUUUACAGAAGGCGACAGCAACUGUUUGUGGAAAUGGAACAAAUGGCGAGUCGUCCUUUUGCUGGGGUCACGCUCGAGUUGGACGGUGAGCCGGAUGGGUCGAGCAAGCAGUUUCAAGACGGUAUGAAGCAGGGACACCCCACGCCUGUGGCGCUCGAGCCCUGUGCCAGUGGCAAGGCAGCUGUGCUGACGCUAAUUGUGCGCAUGCCAACGGGGGGUCAGGAGCACACAGCCACAGGCCAGUCAGGCCUGGCCAUUGCCAGUGCCUUGGUCUCACUGGGGACCCUCUGCAAGAGCGACACCAUCAAAGAGGAUGGCAAAUCGGACUGCUGGAAGCCCUCAUCCCACCCAGGGACCUGCAUAUAAGUUGUCGGCCACUGUGAUAAUUGCUCAGUGUGUCACCUAUCGGUGGGUGGCACCACCUUUAUACGGGGCACCAGCCAAGCUCCUUUGCCACUGCACGCUCUCGACAUUUCGCCAGCGGCUGCAAGACAUGCUGUUGUGAAUCGUGAUUGACCCUGCGCUUUAUUGAACUGGCCUCCAUGCUUUUCUCUUCCUUGAGCAGUGGCUACUACUAUGCCCAGCAUGCACAUAUCGAGGCUGUUUGUUUUGGCUUGCAGCAACUACAUAACAGUUUGGGCUGCAGCUGCAGGAAAAAAGCUUUGGAUUUGAAACUGGUUUAGGAAAGGAUAAUUACUUUUUAAUCUAACAUGGAGAGGUGAGGUGAUCGUUGAGAAAUAUGCAAAAUAAAAUCAUUCCUUGUUUACACAGCAGUUGACAGUGCAACACUCUUGUUGUGAAGGUGCACAGAGAAUCAAGUGAUUAUCACUGACCCAGAUACACUGCAUUCCUUUUGUGUAUGUGUUUGUAUGCCUAUUUUAAGGGUCUGUAAACAUAAUUUCAAUAAGUGCAGUGGGAAUGUAAUAGUCAACUUGGCCAGAUAUGUUACUAUCGCAAGAAGUGCAUAUAUGAAUGUGAAGUACAGUGGAACGCAGAUAAUGUGUCGCCUAUUUAUGUGAUGAACCGCAUUUCAUAUGAACCAGCUAGGGCCCAUUAGCAGCGCGUGCAUCAAAGGUCUGUUUUGCAUGACACCAGGUCAUACGUGAAAUGCCUCCUGUGAAGGCUUGUGUGGUAAUAACUGCAAAACUAAAGUUGCUUGGCAGGCACAUGGGUCAGGCUACAAAGGUCUUCACAAACAUCCUGAGGACAGUGUUCUGAAGGGAAUGACAAACAAAAGGCGCAUGUUGAGCAGCGUUGUGUGACAAUCGUGGAGCAUAGACACACACCUGACAGGGCCCCUGUGGAAAGACAUGCUGAGAUGUGUGCCCAUUUUAAAGCUCACUUUUCCUCAGUACUUCCGCCUUUCGUAAGGAGACUUGUUUGUGAGGUACGGUAUUCUUUGGCUGGCGUAUGCUGGAAUUUAGGCCUAAUGUUGUAACAAGUAAUAGAACAUCGCUGCAGCAUGAGUGUGAUUAUUUCAUUUUUGUGCGCACGUUGUUGCCUUGACACCUAUGAAACUCGUUUUUAUCAGAUGCCAGCUUUGUUGAGUAGUUAUAAGAGAUAGCAAUAUGGGCACACGUUUCAGUAGCCAUAGACAUGUGUCAUGCUUCUAUAUGGGAAAACAUACUCAGUGUAUUCUUUGUGGAUUGUGUAAAGAAAGUUGUUUGUGCAAUGCAUAUUUUGGGCACCAUGUAGCUGCACUUGUGUGUGGCCCACAUGGCCAAUAAAUUUGGGAAUCAUGAGUAGUACAUAGAUUUUUCAGUAAUUUGAGAAGCACAUUGCUGCAGCUUCUUUGUUUUUCUUUGUGGUUCAACUGUGUUGCAUGCUAGCCUCACAUUUUUUUUAAAGAAGUUACAUGGGGACAUGGGUCUUGAAAACAAAAAACUAGCUUGAAAGAACAUGUCGAGUCAGAAAACGCUGUAUUUAUACCUCAAAAUUCUCGGUUUCACCCAUGAAAGCGCUCAAAUGACCCAUUUUGUGCUGUUUGUCAUUCCAAAACCACUUAUCGGAGUCUGGCCCUCUUGGUUUCGUGUGAAAGAGCAUCUUUCCAGCUUGCUUUCUUGUCAAAAAUUAUUCUUCAGUGCUGCAUCAGAAGAAAGCUACCUGGUUUUGAAGCUUAAAAUUUAUAUUUUUACACUCUAUUAAAUAGGUUUUUCUUUUGCAUUUUUCUUAAAAAGUUAUUUCCGAGUCAUAAAUUCGGCAGUGGCACUGUCGCUCUGCUGCUCAUUUAAUUCUCCUCUUCCUUUUCUUUCUGACCUCCUUGAAAGCUUGAGAGUCUUAAGUGCAGAACCACUCUGAUCUAGUGUUUUAGGACAUGGUAACAUUUUAAAAUCUUGUAGAAAUCAACAAAAAUUCACACCUGUGAUGUCGCAACUUUAGAAUUUCAUAACUUCGUCUAAAAUAUAGAUACAAGCAUUGAAAUGCCAAGUUGCACAUCUUGCUGCACUUUAGCUCUCUUGCUGCAGGAGAUUUUUUUGCAACUGACCUCCCGUAUCUUACUCAAAAUUUUUUUCAACAUUUUAUAAGAUUUACUUAGAAGAAAUGUAAUAGCAUACUUGCUGUCAGCACACAAGAUUUGAAUAUUUGCUAAAAAUUUCAGGUGUCUACAGCAAAUAAUAAGAUACUUUUUCCAGAAUACAAGUGUGCAUGUCACUAGAUUCAAAUGGCAUUUGGUGACUUCAACAUUCACCAUAUGUAACUACAGUUAAACCUCGAUAUAACGAAGUUGGUAAAAGCGGGAAUUCGCUUCGUUGUAUCGAAAUUUUGUUGUAUUGAAAUUCGGCCUUUUAUGGAAUUAAGUACAGUCACCCGCCGUGGUCGCUCAGUGGCUGUGGUGUUGGGCUGCUGAGCACGAGGUCGUGGGAUCGAAUCCUGGCCACGGCGGCUGCAUUUCGAUGGGGACGAAAUGCGAAAACACCCGUGUACUUAGAUUUAAGUGCACGUUAAAGAACCUCAGGUGGUCGAAAUUUCCAGAGUCCUCCACUACGGCGUGCCUCAUAAUCAAAAAGCGAUUUUGGCACGUGAAACCCCAUAAUUAAUUGAACUAAGUACAGUCGCCAAUAAAUUGUUCUUGCACGGAAAGGGGCCGCAGAAUUUUUUGAAUUAUCGGGCAAUUGAAAAAGGCAUACUUUAAUUCAGAAAACAAGUCAUUUUGAUAAAUUUGGAAGCCGGUGACAAUUGAUACGGUAUCAUGCCAUGUAUGUCGACGAUAUCUUUAGAUCGGCGGUACGAAUUAAGUGAAGCCAGCCACACUUUCGCACGCAUUCCACCCCUGUGGCUGAUAGCGCGCACUGCCAGCAGGGAGCGAAUGCUUCGCCUGCCUCUUGCUUUAACGGGUCACCGAAACUCGAGAUUACGCAAUCUCCGAUACUAAACAUGCGGAAAGACAGCUUAUAAGGUGCCACGACCUCUCGGCAGGCCCACUCAUUGCACAUGCGGCAGAUUACCUCUAAUAAAGCAGAGUGUGUGGCUGCGUAUGCGCUGAGCCGCACUUACAGCCUUGCACAUCCAUGGCCGAGACGCAUGCCAACUCACCCACCCACUCUGCCCCUUCGCACGAGCUUGAUCGCAUUACCACGAGCUCGCUCACCGACCCCUCCUUCUCUUUGCUCGCGCGGGAAGGUGGCACUUGUGAAGCCACCGUCUUGUCUCACUUUCGCACACUUUCACUCACACCUAAAGCACACAGUGCGCAGGGUGCGAUUGGAUAUUAUUGCACUUGGACAUGAUGCGGCUUCACUUCCGCGGUUGCUCUUGUCACUCAGCGUGCGAUUUAACAGGUGUGUUUGCAAGCAGCCUGUUGUAAUUCAACCGUUUGACCAUCUGCAUCCACGGAAGUUUCUAUUUAUUGUCUUGGCAUUCCCUUGCGGCGGCAGUGAAAUUUCAUUAUAUUAAAAUCGCAUACAAACACACUUCGUUAUAUUGAGGCUCUAAGUACAUGGUGUUCUAUGGACGAGAGGUUAUGAAAAGUUUACUGUUUCGUUAUAUCGAGAGCUUGUUAUAUUAAAGUUUGUUAUAUCGAGGUUUAACUGUAUCCCUUUCAGCGUAACUGUUUCUGUCUCGCCACGUUCCUUUUGACAUUCCUUUUGUCAGCAAGGAAUGUGAUGACUGCACCAAGAGAGCGUUUGCCAUUAUCCGUUUCAUUUUAGAGUGCAACUCUUACGGGCCGGUUUCUGCGGUAAGGGUCGCUGUAACCGAGUUAAAGAUGAAAGCGAACGUGGAGUGCAAUGCGGGGGGGGGGGGCUAAAGGAGGCAAGUGGAGAAGAGGGUGCAGUGCAAUCAGGAGGUGGAAAGCCGAGGAGCGUAUGACAGAAGGUGAGGUGGAAAGCGGUGUGCCAGCACGACCAGGCAUGCGGCCAGUGUGGAAACAAAGCGCUGGCGUGAGCUUCGGACCCACUGCAAUGCACUACUUUGCCGGCGGCGCCGCUGCCAUUAGAGAAUUCGCUCUGUGUACGCCUCGCGUUCCCGUAUUCAUGCUUUCUUUCUGAACAAUGAGCGACACAACCAGUGGAAAUGCUUCGUCUGCUGCUGCUGCUGCUGCUGCUAAAUGAGCUGCCCGAGCAGAGGCUCUGCGCCACCACCGAGAGAACCUUGUCCUUCAGAAUCAAAUUCUUUGCCUUAAGAUACCACGAAUUCAAAACACCUAAACAGCCGCGCUCGAAAUUCGCAUUAGGUAAUAUUACAAUCUUAGGUGAAAUUUCUUUAACUUCUGCACAACCAAAAAUGAACCGUUGUGUUUGUUUUAUGAUAUCCGAGAAAAAAAACUUUCGCUGGGGUUGCACCACCUCCAAAAAAACCCAACACUGAAAGAGUUAUUAGGCAUAAUCAAACUGUGACAUUUUCUAAUCAAAUUGAGUGAGACUACUUGAGAAAAAUGACCUUUGAAUAUACAAUAUUUUUAAAAGCGAAGUAAAAUAUAAAGAAGCAUGGAGUUUGUUUGUAAGGCUUAUUUUACAUUGUUUGAUUCACGUAAUGAUGUUAACAACUAAAUUCCAGGUCAACUAAGAAGCUUGUAAAUAAGGGAGAACUGAAAACUGAUUGUGUCUGGUUCACCAUCACAAUGACAGUUAUGAAACAAAUUAAGAACACUGCACUUCAACAUGCUCGUUGAACGAGCUAAAUGCUCCACCACCACACAUUGUUUUGAAAGACUCCAAACUUGGUGAUAUCGGCCAAAUAAUAAAUUACUCUGUAUAAAUGGAGACAGAUGUGCAGGCUGCUUAUGCAUGCGACGCGUGGAGAAGCUAUCUCCUCUGUGCGUGUUCUCAAGAACUGGCAUAUCUGAGCAACAGCUGCAGUUUUCCUGCGCCAAAAUUAUUCAGAAGGGUCUAAAGCUGCAUUGGCCUUUCUCGCUAUAGACUGCAACUGUUGUCCUUUAAGUGUUUGACUACAGACGACUAUUCAACAACUUCGAAAAGCAAAUUCUCGAAUGGAAUACAAAUGAAAUAGCAAAAGCUAUUUGAUUCAUAUUUGAAGCUUAGAAUAUUUGUAUACCUCUAGUAAUUAUUUCUUAUAUUCUAAAUAAUUGUUUUUGGCUACAACGUGAAGACCAUCAAACGGUAAAACUUAUAUGCUAAAUGAGACUAGUUAUUGGUGUGCACUAUACAACAUAUUUGUGAAAAAAAGAUGUGCUUUAAGAAGGUUGAUGAUCCACAAUGUUGUUAAAACUCGGAAAGGUGAAAUUUACUUUCACAUCAUUCUCAUGCUGGUUGGAGGCCAUCGUGAUGUUUUUGUACUUGCUGCCUGCAGUAAAAAGAAAAAAAAAUAUUCUUGACAUGCAUUGUGCUUUGAAAAUUUUACUCCAAUAGCCCAUUUCUCUCUCUCUUUUAAUCACUAGGCUUAAACAUUGUAACACUACAUCCUAUUUUUUCCAUUGCCCAUGUUGCUGAUGGGCUUAAGAGUAGGAUGCUAAAGAAUGUGUUCUAUGUGGACAUUAUCCCAGGACAACGGAUGAAACAGUGCUAUGUUUCGCUAGAUAGCUGCUUUCCUACAACUGCAGGCAUAGUUUGUACCUGGAAAGAUACAUGAAAAUAAUGAGGUCUGUCUCAGUUACUCUCCCUUUCUUUGCUUUAAGCAUGAUCCCUGGUUCAUGUGGAAUGCAAAAUGCUCAAAGACUUUGUUAAAUGAAAAAUACUGUUAACAAUUAAUUUACUCAAUUGCAGUAAAAUAUAUUUAAUCAUCAAUGUAGCUAAAAUUGAUUUCUUUUAAUUGGCUAACUUGCUAAUCGUGUUUGUUUAAGCAAGGUUUAACUUUAUAGUUUAACCUCAUAGCAUUGAACCUUAAAUUUUAUAGUAUAAUUGAAGGUUCCACUGUAUCACGUAUGCUUCUUACGAUAGCACCCAUCUUCUUUCUUGUCAACCAUUGGCCAAGUGGCUAAAAUUGCCCAAUAUAGCAGUGUUUUCAGUGAGCACAAUAAUGUAGAGUAAUAGUGCCAUAGUAUUUUUAUGGCACUAACUACUGUGAAGUUUUGAUAACGCAUGGCAAAAGCAUUUAUGGGCCUUUUAAUAUUUAGGGGUCAUGAAUGGCUGAUGCAAUGUGCAGAGAACUUGCACAAAUUAUUGACUCUCUCACAAAAGCAUUUUAAUGCCACCACCUUGAGCUGUUUGCGUUGCCAUUUUCUAUAUGUAAUAACCAAACAAUUUGCAUAAAAAAUUUUUCUGCACAUAUUUGGUGUUUCAUGACCAUGUUAAGUUGAUGUCACUGUACACAAAACUGAGAUUGUUUGUGUAACAGCCCAAGAUGGUGGCACCUUUGUCUGUAUCUCUUCAGUGCCUUCAUAUGUGAAAGUUUUCUUUGUCAAAAACUGUUGACUUAAUGACUUAAGCACAAAAAAAAUCACCUUGUAUUCCACGUCAUUGUGUAUUUCAUAUCAAAUCACACAGUUGGUCUUUGUCAUUGAUUUCAGUGUGUUUGGGUCUGGGGCCAUUGAUUAAUAUAUGUGCAUAUUUUCCAUGCUACGUUAUUUCAAAUUUUAAUCCAGCAACGCUAAACAUCAGCAGACCAUUGUUUGGGACAGUUUCUGCAGCCAUAACAAACAGCCCAAUAUUUUGCAAAUGCCUGCACACAUUGCGAGUUUGUGCAUGUGGUAGCUAGUUUGGCCACUGUAGUGCAGGACACAUCACCUUGCUGGGCAGGAGGGCAGCCAGAACAAGCACCCCCUGCUUCCUGCCCAGUGUGUUAGGAAAGUGUUUGAGCAUAUGUUCUGGCAGGGUGGAGAGAUGGACACAGAAUGGAUCUCUAGGUGCUACUUGCUUUCUAGCCCGGUUUUACUUUUCGGUUUUCGCCUCCCAGUCUUAUUGAUUGGCCCUGUCCGCACAAUGAUUUAUUGCAGGGGACAUAUCAGUGCAACUGUGUCGUCAGGCUAAGGGUUUGUAACAACAUGCAAUUGUGUGCCACAAGAUUUUGAUGCUGUAGCUUUGUUCUUGUGAAUGUGUCAUCUUAAAGGAGUUGUGUAUUUAUUUUGGAGUUUACUUUGCAAUAUACUAAGAGCCUGCUGUUUAUAUUUUCUACCUUUACACUCUGUUUUUGAUUAGCUUUUUUUAUUAUUGUCUUGAUUUAUGUUUUUCCUAAUGGUGUUCGCAUGCAGAAGGGAGCCUUUUUUGGCACUUUCACCAGCGUCCCCGAAAACGUUGCACUCAUCUGACUUUCCCUUAUAACCCACUCCCUUUGCUCUUUCUUUUCUUCUUCUUUUCAGAACAAACUGCCCUCUUUUUAAAAGGGCCUAUUUAUUUGUAUAUCUUGCACAGUGCUUCUGCGUAAUAUUGUUGCCUGAUGGUGUGCUUGCGCCUCUUCCGCCUACAUCUGGGUUUAGCUUGGAGAUGGGAAUGUCAGCAUUUGUUAGACAAGUGGUGUGAGCUAUUUGGUGGGUGAAUUGUUGCUGUAGUUGGCCGCAACAGCCUUUGUAAUGGUUGAGAACUGGCUGAAGAAAUCAUUACAUGCGAAAAACAGUGUCUUGGAAAUAGAAUUUGGGAUCUCAUAUAUGCAAAAUGAUCACUUUACAGUGCUCUUAUUUCAGGUGCAUGCUUGAAAAAUCUUUCAUUUCCUGCACUGACACCAUCAUAAUGUCGUCUUCCUCAUCAACUAGACUCUUGUACUAUGUACGCAGGCGUUAUUGUACUUAUGUUCAAAGGAGCAUGGUAAUAUUAAAAAUAGCACUUUUAUUUC